AUGUGGCUGAGGAAGGAAGGAUUCCUGGAUCGAGUGGCUAAGUGGUGGGCAGAAGCUCCACAAAGAUAUGGAAAUAAAUCUUUUAUUUUCUUUAAAAUGUUACAGUACAUCAAAGAGAAAUUAAAGCAAUGGAAUGGGGAAGUUUUUAAAAAUAUCUUUACUGAGAAGUUUAGAUUAGAGAAGGAAUUAGGGGACUUACAUCAAAAAGUGAUUGAAGGGGGAAUGAGAGAGGAUGAGUUCAAGAAAGUGAAAGAUCUUAACAAGGAAUACUCGGAGGUGUUAUCUAGAGAGGAAGUCUUUUGGAGGAAUAAAUCUAGAGAAACAUGGUUGAAGGAAGGGGAACGCAACACAAAGUUCCUUCACAAUUUAGUCAAAGUAAGGAGAGCAAGUAAUAAGAUUUAUUCCAUUAAGAAUGCUAAUGGUAUAGUUCUCACAAAGAAGGAGGAUAUAUGUUCUGAAGUUGUUCGCUUUUUUUCAAGCCCCCUUGUCAAUAAUUUUCAAGACUCUCAGAGGGAUGAUAUCUUAAUUGUGACCCUGACUACAAUCACAGAUGCUAAAAAUUCUUUUAUAACAAGAGGACUAACAAUGGAGGAAGUGAGAGUAGCAUUGUUUAGCAUGGGAGCGGAUAAAGCUUUGAGGUAG